AUGAGUCUGGAGGAGUGUAUUAAGCAGCCUCUGCAUGUAGUGCAGCAGAUCUUUGCCCAGCAUGCGAGCGGGGUUCCGGACGCCGCGCUUGGGGCGAUCACGAAGCACUUUGAGCGCGUGCUGUCCAGCCCCGCGGCACUGCAGCAGGUGCCCUGCCUGACGGCCACCUCUGCUGAUAACAUCGCGAGCGGCACGCUGGUCCGCUUCCGCGGCAUGGUCCAGGACAUGCUCAACCCAGAGUACUACCUGGGGGCAUACAAGCUGCCGGACGGCUCCUGGCGCACCACCCAAUUCAGCGACGCGCCGCCGCCCGACAUCGACGCCGCCCGCGAGACGCGCGUCUGGGAGCGGCGCCCGCUGUACUGCACGCGGCCGGCGAGCGCGUCCGGUUGGGCGGAGGCGCGUUGGACGGGGCUGCCACCGGAGCCCCAGACCCCGAGCGCAGCGGAGCGCGCCGGCAAGCGCGGCCGGCAGUUCAACGCAGAGCCCCAAAACCAGCAGCAGCGGGGGCGUGACCAGGGCGCCGCAGCAAAGCAGCCCAAGGUGGAGCCCAGCCCCGCGCCGGCAGCGGCGGCGGCGGGCGGGCAGCAGGCGGCACAGGGGGACGAGCAGCAGCGCGACCAGGGGGCCGCGCUGCAGGAGGCCGCCGGUCCCACCAGCCUGCCAGGGGACUGCAUCGUCUACCUGCAUGGUGAGGGCGCGGAGGCCUUCAAGCUUCACGAUGAGAUCGAGGUGGUCGGGCUCCUGAGCGUCAUGCCAACACUCGCCGCCGCCGCCAUGCGCGCAGAGCGCCGCGCCGAGCGGCGGCGGCAGCAGCAGGAGCGAGAGGAGGGCGGCGGCGGCCGCGGCGGCGGGAUGGACGUCGACGGGGCAGAGGUUGAAGGAGAGGGCGGCGACGGCGAUGGUGAUGGCGCCGACGAUGUGUGGGCCGGGGAUGCCGAGCUGGGCGCGCACCCGCCCACCAGCCAGGCGCUGCGCCUGCACGCGGUGCUGGCGCGCCGCGUGGCGCCCCGCGAGCCGCCGCCGCGCGCGCCGGCGUCUCUCAAGCCUGAGGAGCUGCGCGCGUCGCUGGGGGCGCUGCGGGGCGCCGCGCUGCGCGUGCUGAGCGGCGCGCUGGGCGGGGACGAGCUGGCGGCGGAGUACGUUCUGGCGGCGGCACUAGGCUGCGUGCACAAGCGCGUGGACGGCACGCCGCACGGCCACGUGCACCUCAACCUGACGUGCGCCGCUGAUUCAGGUGAGGGCCCGGCCCCCGGCCGCGCGCGCCGCGCCUGUGGCCCAUUGCUCUGCAGUAGCAUGGCGUUUGCAGUCCCCGGGUAG